UCAUCUGUCCUGACGUCAUCACCACAGUGACAACAGCCGGUCCACCUUAACAGUCCGCCUUAAGUCACCCUGGUCCGGAUCCAAAGGGAGGCGAACUCUGCUCCUCUCGAACUUCACGACUUCAGAAUUCACAGCGAACUCCUCUUCAUCUUCAUCUUCAUCAGCAGGCGGGAAACAACACACUGAAACUUAUCUGCAGGAGCUAAACAUUUAUCCACAGACACACACACCGAGCUUUAACUCUGCUCCGUGUUACACACACACACACACACACACACGGUGCACACACAGAGACCUGCAGCUGUGGUUCGGUCCGGUCGGUACCGAUCAGACAGGAGCGGCUCGUGGUGCCGAGCUGACCCAACGGAGGACACGGACAGACUGAGGACAGCUGCACAUCAGGUGUCCAGCUCACUGGCUGCAGACUGAUGAUGAUGAUGAUGAUGAUGUUAGAGAGGCUCUCAGCCCCCCUCCACCCUCCUCCACCCUCCUCCGCCCCCUGACCUCGGACCACAGUAAUGAGGAAGCUGUGGUGAGUGUGUCUUCAGUCACACUCUGUCACUGCUGAGUGCCGGUACGAUCAGAGCUGUAGAGUCAACGCCGAGGAGGAUCAGAUCUUUAUUUUCUUCACUCCAUCAGCUGCUCCUCCAUCAUGGCUCCAUCAUUCCUCCUCCUUCUCGGCCUGCUGAGUCUCGCCGGCUCGCUGUCUCCUCCACGAACCUCCUUCCUCCUCAACUCUGCAGACAGACCUCUGGUGUUCUUCAGCCUCCCCAACGUCCACAACACAACCACACUGUUGCUAAGCGACGAUGGAUCCACCCUGUACGUAGGGGCACGGGACGCCGUGCUUUCAUUGGACGUCAAUCAGAGUGAUGUCAUAAGGCUGAAGAAGAAGGUGGAGUGGAGUCCAUCUGUGACUGAAAUAAACGAAUGUCAAAAUAAAGGGAAGAGCGCCGAGGUCGACUGUCCAAACUUCGUGCGUGUUUUGCAGCCAAUAAACUCCACCCAUCUCUACGCCUGUGGCAGCUACGCCUACAGCCCCCAUGAUGCCUUCAUCGACACAGAGAGCUUCUCGAUGGUCCAACACGUCGAGGCUAAAGCCAAAUACCGCUGUCCGUUCAGCCCCAAGCAGACGAACACCGCCAUCACCAUCGACGGCGAGCUGUUUACCGCCACAACGACCGACUUCAGAGGUGUCAAACCACAGAUUUCUCGACACUUCAGCAAAAAUGGCCGCCAUGACGUCAGCCAGGACACAUCUGUCAACUUACUGGAGGAGCCAACGUUUGUCGGCGCGUCGGCAGACCAGACAGAGAGCAAAGUCUACUUCUUCUUUAGUGAAGUUGGAAACGAGUUCAGCUUCACAGACGAGCUGCAAAUCGCCCGGGUGGCCCAAGUCUGCAAGGAUGAUGUUGGAGGACUGAGGACUCUGCAGAAUAAGUGGACGUCCUUUGCCAAAGCCCCUCUGCUCUGUCAGUAUCCCAAACAGCUUCCCUUCAACGUUCUCCGGGAUGUGUUCACACUCCCGCCACCAGAGGGCAGCAACGACUCAGACACUCUGUUCUACGGUGUCUUCACCUCUCAGUGGUCCUCAGGUCCAGAAUCUGCCGUUUGCGUCUUUAACCUGCAGGACAUCAGGACGGUGUUUGCUGGGAGCUACAGGACCUUCAUGGAGACCCACCAGUGGAGUUCAAUGACAGAAAGACUCCCCUACCUGGGACAGUGUGGUCUGGACAAAGCUUCAGACUCUGAAUUAGCGCAGGUGAAGAAGACUUUUCUGACCAGCGGCAGUGUGAAACCGAUCGGAGGUGGAAGUCCAAUUCUUGUUUCUUCAGGGCAGCAAUACAGUCACGUGGCUGCGAUGAGGACGCAGGGAGCUAAUGGCAAACAGUACACUGUCCUUUUCCUUCUUACAGAGUCUGGAUUCCUCCACAAAGUGGUUCUGUUGGAUGGGGAUGUGCACGUCAUUGAGGAGAUUCAGGUCUUCACUCAACCUCAGCUGAUCAAAAGUAUCGUCCUCUCUUCCUCCAAGGGAGCUCUCUAUGUGGGGACAUCAGAGGGCGUGACUGCUGUACCUGUGGCCAGGUGCUCCAUCUACAGAACCUGCAGUCAGUGCGUUCUGGCCAGAGAUCCUCUGUGUGGAUGGAGCCGGACCGGCGGCGUCUGCACCAGUGUGGAUCACGACAACAUGGCUCAAGACUUGGAGGACGGCAACGUGGAACAACAAUGUCGGGGACAAAUCGGGGCCAGCCCGGUCAAAGAAGUCAACGUUAAAUUCAACGAAGCGGUGAGACUUCAGUGUCUGAAACCUUCCAACCUCGCCACUCUGACCUGGACCUCCCCUCAGCUCAAACGCCAGCAAGACAAACUCUUUAUCCAGUCAGCUGACGGCAGCCUGAGCUUCCUCGCCUCUGAUGACACCUUUGGGACCUACCACUGCGAGGCAGAGGAGGGCGGGUACAAGGAAGUAGUCGCAAGCUAUGAUGUCCGGCAAGUUGCUUCUCCACGCGCCAUUAGCCCCUUUCCAAAGGCAGAUGAAUACCAUGAGACCAAAGACGAGACCUACGAGGAGAUUGUGCUUGAUGUGCCAGUGAUGUAUACGACGCAACCUUCAGGAGUCACAGAGGUCGACCAGAUGGAGGACAACGGCGAUAAAUCAAAGACCAUUUUGAAAGAUGAAACUGUUUCCAGUAAAGAUGAUUCUGAAUUGAAAAAUGAAUUUGGAUACGAAGUUUUGGGCUCCACCCCGUCCUCCAGAAAAGACGCCCAUUCCUGGAAGGAGCAGACUGAUGAGACUCGCGUCAAACAGAAGAGUUACUACAAUGAGCUGGUCACUGUUUCCCUUCUGCUGGUGAUCUGCAUCUGCAUCCUGAUAGUCGGAGGCCUCCACAUCUGGCGCCAACGGAAAACUGGGGUCAAAAGUCCUCUGGUCAGUCCAGACGACUGCAGCAAAACAAUCCAGUCCAUGGAGAGUGUCCCCUCUCUGAGCAGCCCAGAGGACACCGGUCCUGAGGUGAAGGUGGUGGACUAAUCACGCCAAGAGCUCGUCUCAUGAUCCUAUGUGGUGAAAUCCUCUUGCUAAAGUCAGAUGUUUCAGGUGCGUGUCAGUUGGAGCUGGCUUCAGUUUCUGCUUCUCAUCUAUUAACAUUGACACAGUGGAAAGUAUUUGUUUCUCACAAAGCUAUCUCGCCAUCUCGAAGUAUUUCCCAGGUUACGACUGUUUCCUGUCAAGGUAACCAGCCGACGGCCAUCUUUGUUUGCAUUGGACUUUUUUAGGAUUUGUGCAGCAGACUGAAUAUUUGAACACCCAGAUGGUUUGAAGAGUCUUUGAGGAUUCUGGAAAUACAUUCACAAACGUUUUGGUAAACCACCUUCUGGGUUUUUAAAGGCUGCAGGAUAAAUAUCUCUGAUGGUUACCGCUGUGACUCGAGUGCAAUGAUAAUACAUCAAAGAAACAGGAAACAGGGGGGAGCUGUUAGACUAGUUCGAUCAAUCAGUCAUCUAUUCAUUUGUCACAUGGAAGUAUACAAAGCACAACUCUCAUCAGCUAAACUGGAUCCAUAUCAGGUUUUAAUAUUGAAGCUGAUGAAACUGGUGAACAUCUUUUGAUCUGACUUUAGAGAAGUUUUAGACGUCAAGAGGAUUUUAUGAAAUGUCAGAGUGUCUUUAAUAAACGGUUCAUUAUCCUGUGAGAGACUGGAGAACACGUAACGAUUGUUUUAGUUUCAGCAGUAAAAGGAGAAAUGGAUUUAUUUCAUCCCUAAAAACACAUUUUCUGUCUGUCUGUCUCCUGUUAAUACAGAUAGACUAAAUCUGAACUUAACAGGAUCAUUUCACUGCCGAAAAACUCUCAUCAGAUCACCACUGAAAUGAUUUAUCUCAGACUUUUUCCUUCAGUUUUGUUUUUCAGUUUUUCCUGAACAUUCGAUCCGUACUAACAGGAGCACGGUGCUGUACGUUAUUGACAGGUACAUUGUUUGUUUAGUGUAUAAAUGAAUGACAAUAAACAACUUUAAAUAUUCUUUUAAAACAAUAUAUAUAAAUACCAGGGGUCGGCUGCACAAAACACCUUAAGUUAAGAUUGUUGUUUAAGUCCUAGGUAAGGUUUCCUCAGAAUAAAAUUAGUUGCACAAAAUACGCUUAAGUCCUGUCCUUACGGUUUCCUUAAAAAAUAUUUAUGGUUUUCUCCUCGUCUUGGUCUUAUACUUAAAGAAUGCAUUGACUGUUGCACAAAAGACCUUAGCAACCGAAGCAAGGUGGAAAAAAAGUUUAAGGUCCCUCCAACAUGUAACAUGACUGAGUUUAUAGUGAUAAUUGAAAAAGCUAACGCACCCUGAGCAGAGUGUUCUGCGACCAGGAGAACCUGAGGGAAACACUUUUGAUUUCACACUUAAGAUUUGACUGAGUUCAUUUUCUAUGUAAUUUCUUCCUGCAGUCACACAGUCAUGAAUUAAACGCCCAGUCCCUUUUUCAGCCCGACGUGGCUCCACAUUUUGACAAAUGAAUGAAUGUAUUAAAGCUACCUCAGAUUAUGUGUCUAUUCCUCGAUUACCCUGUUAGUUAUUCACAUUCCUUCAGUCUGUACGGUUCCUCAGAUCAGAGGAAUCAAAAGGGUUUUUCAUUCAAAUUAAUCCAAGUUGUGAGGAUUGUUUUAACAGGAUAAAGUGGUGUUGUGUCGGUGUGCUGAGUGAACACAUUUUACCGCUGUAAAAUCUCUCUCAGCACGGUUCAUGAGUUAAUGCUUUCCUCUUAAGGGAUUCUGUACAACUGUGUACGUCCCUCAGCUAAGGAGGAAUUAGGCCUUAAGUGUCACGUAAGUAGAAAUCUUAAGGUGUUUUGUGCAGCCAGUCCCUGAUAUUUGUGACUUAUUAUAACGUAUUAGUACCACCCUUAGAAUGACUGUAAUCAGACGGGAAUGUGACACAGAUGUUUGAAUGCACGUUAAACCACUCAACUUUCUUCAUUGUGAAUAUUUUGUAUUAAAUUAUGUGUUUAUAUUCUGUGUUUAAAAUCAGGGACGAGGCUGUGUAAUUAUUGAAUCCUGUCUUUAGUUGAUGUGUCCUCCUGAGACCUCAACUUUUCUGUGGUUUGCAUUUUAAAUCUGUCCGAGCUAUUUGGGAUCAGCAGGAACUGAUGAUAAGAAAAUCAAAGCGAUGUCUUUGAGCAGGAAGUAGUUUUUGAACUAAAUGAUGUCAUACGGGGACAUUGAGUUUAUUUCUUAAUAGCCAUGAGUGUGUAAUAAAAUAUAAAACAGUUCAUUUAAAUUUUCCUCGCACCACACUCCGAGCUAAUAAAGUCCUUUUUGUCUGUGGGAACAGUCGUCACUCCUGACUGCUGGCCUCAAACAAAUAUUUCCACAUUAAAAGCAUCUUUCCUUGUUACUGUUGCUAAAAUUGGUCAAAUUUGUUGCCGUAGCAAACCACAAACGUUAUUAAUCAUAAAUAAACAAAAGCCAUAAACUGAGAUCAGGUUUUGGAGCUUAUUGACUUUUGUGUGGGGAUCAGUUGCAGACUGAUUUGUCAGAGAUGGCGGCCAUCUUGUUUUUACACGUACAGUGUAUUGUGAUUUUGCAAACCCAAAAUGUGACGCAGGGUCUCAGGAGGAUAUUUAUUAUGUUAUGAACUCACAGUUACUGAAUGAAUGUACGUGAAACCUGAAUGUAACAAAUUAGAACCAAACAUGUUCGACAUGUUUAUUUUUUUUCUUAAAAAAGUUUUUUUAUUGUUUAUGUGUCGUCACUGUCUCCAGCUGAUGUCUCAGAGUGAAAUGAAUGUGAACAUGAUGAAUAUUUAUUGUUGUCUUUUAUUUAGAGUCAAAGUUAAUGGUGAGUGUGUGUUCAUGUGGAUUUACCGCCAUCUGUCCUGACUUUAAGUCUCACUUUGUUUCAGUGUGUUUUUUAUUGAUGAUCUCUGAUAAAUCCUGUUGGUGUACUGAUCUUUUUAUUUUUUUAUUUUUAUUUACAGUAUCUGCAGUGAUUAAAACUUUAAAGACACUGUUUUGCUCUUUCAGAGUUUUUUUUUGUUUGUUUUUUACAUUCAGAUAUAAAAACUGAUGUUUUUCUCCUUUAAUAAUCCUCAAACUGUGUUUUUAAUAUUUUUUUUCUGAGCUCCUGAUGGUACAAUGAAGGUUUU